UCAUAUAUAAUGAAAAACCCUAAAAUUUCUUGCCUCUCCUCUCAGUCUCUCACUCCUCUCACUCUCUCACUCCUCUCACUCACGACACUCAGUCACUCUCAUUCAGUUUCUCACUCCUCUCUCAGUCUCAGCGGCGGCUCUCGGUGUUCUUCACCGCGCCGGUCAUCGGUCUUCAGCCUUCACUCACCACUGUGUGGCUCUCGGUUUUCUUCACUCACCACCGUUCUCGGUGUUCUUCACUCACCACCGUCCACCGGAAUAAAAAUCGAGCCUCAAUUGGAGGAGCUAUGUGGAGCCAUCAUGAAGAUGAAGGUGGAAGAACAAGUUGACGCGGUCGUGAAUGUUGAUGACCCAUCCUCACCCAUAGUUGCUUCACCAGGAACACAAGAUCCCAACAAAGUGUGAUGAAUGAACAAUUUAUUAAUGCGUUGUAACCUAUUUGAAUUUUAGUUUUACGUUGGAUUUGGUAUGUAUUAAACUUUAAUUUCAUAUUUGGUGAUGUAUUAAGCCUUAUGACUUUUGACAGGGCAUUAAUUAAUGGCAAAUAUUGCCAGUUUAAGACUUAUUAUUUUA